UUUAUCCGAGCAUGGUUCUGGUCCCGAGCAGAAGAGAAUAUUCCGUGCGAUAUUACCACCCUGAACAAACUGUCAUGGGGGAACCAGUGGCCUUGUUUCCCAAUACGAGCUGCGAUAUCGAGUCCAAAUUUGAUGUGAACAAUGUGAUCAUCAACCUGACUUUCUGCGGGGACUGGGCGGGCGCGGUAUACCCUGAUAGCGGGUGCGUAGGAGAUUUAUGCCAGGUAUGCGAAGUACUGAUAAGCUUUGCCUCCGAUAUUAUACCCGUGGGCCAUAUAGACUUUGUGAACAGCAAUCCUUCCGCAUUCUCGGAUGCAUAUUGGGAUAUUGCGGCUAUACGCAUGGAAUGGUUCAAUGUGGUUCGAGUUCAGGCCCGCGCCGCGGCUCAAACAUUCGACCUCGCUCCGUCCAAUACAACAUCGUACAAAAAAAACUUGGCUUAUGAAAUUCCUGCUCGCCACCUGAUUACAGUAAAAUGGACUGCUGUUACAUUCUUUUUACUUACAAAAGGGUUGGCCGAAUCUCAUCUGAGAUCCCAUCCCUCAGCCUUGGAUUGCACCACCCAUGAAGUCCCCUCUCGAGCAGGGGAAACGCGACACAGAGGGGUGCCUGUCCCUUUCACCCCGAGUAUCUCGUCCUCUGCUGGGACGCACCAUUCUGGGUUUGGAAAGAACCACAUAUACUUACAAUGUUCUUAUAACCCCUCUAGUUAUCCCGUUUCGAUUGGAGGAGCUAGGGUAACUCUCAGUGCCCAUCAUUCAAGUGUCCUCCUCACAGACUCUUCUCGUGCAGUGACACCCCCCAUCGCAUUCCUAGCAGAAAGAUACUGGUCCAGAAGGACCCCUCUCCUAGUGGCCAUUGGUAUCAGGUCGGUGUCUAUUAGAUUUUACCUGGAAGCAGUAUCUGAAUCGGUUGCCCUUCUAAUUAGCUCUGCUGCCGUAAGCGCAUCGGACGUGAGUUCUAUCUCAAUUAAAUCAGACAACAAACAGCUUACUCGGUUAACAGAAUAUCUUGGUAUCGUCAUGACGGGAUCCGUCUUGGGAUUUCUCAUAGGGCCGCCACUGGGUGGUGUCCUUCACGCCAAAUUGGGAUACCGUGCACCCUACAUUUUCUGCAUAGCCCUCUGUGUUCUCGACUUGAUUGGGCGGGUGUUGGUCAUAGAAAGGGAAACGGCGGAGAAAUGGACCCACUCCCAGCCAAGCAUUUCUACCGACGAACAGCAAACACCAAAGACCGAUAUUGAGAAAAAUCUGAAGAAGAACGGGAGUUCUGUCACUUCGACUCCUCUUGCUGGUUGGAUCUCUGAUAAAGUUGGAUUAAACUGGGUCACCGUUGGGAGUCUGGUGCUCUCUAUUCCUUGGUGGAUCCUGAUGGCCUUGCCGGGCAACCUUGCUAUGCUCUUGGCCUCUUUAGCCCUUGCUGAGUUCUUUUUGGCGGCUGUGGUCACGCCUUUGAUUGCUGAUUUGGCCGCUAGUGCCAAGGAGCUGGAUGUCGGUCCACUUAUCGGGGGUUACAUUUACUCCGAAGUCAAGAACGGAUGGACAGUGAUGGUCUGUUUCAGUGCUGCUCUAACGGCCGUCGCGUCCAUUGCAGCUAUCUUUGGAGCGGGAGAAAUACCAUUAAGCACCCAAUUCCUAGCCUGGAUCCAUAGAACCCCUGUUCUCCCCAGCAACACCUCCAUCACUAGGUCGACCGACAUCUUUCCCGUCAUUUCCUCUUCCAAGACAGCCGAUGGUCAAUCUAUCACUCCUGGCCAGCAACCCACAGACACCAAGGCAAGAAUUAGUGCAGAUAAUGGUGAAAGUGACGACACGUUGGAAAGGCUAGCUGAGGCCGGUGAGCGUUACCUUGCUACACCUUCUGGCUCGGACUAUUACUUUGACACGGUGACGACCGUACGAGGGGACCACUCGACGAGAGCGAGCGUAUUAACGAUGAGCAAUGCUCGAACGCUAACACCUGACAAUCACACCGACAAGAACCGCAGUAGUGAAUCGAAACAGAGCUCGAGCUCGGAAAAGUCUUCGAUCGACAAGAAGCACGACAUUCUCGAG